GUGUAAGCAAUAAUGGAUUGACGAAGCAAGCACGCAAUAUCUUAGUGCUUUUCCAGAUUUGGUGGAGUGUGUAUCAUAGUUAUCGAUUAAUAUUUAUUGAGUACAAAAAAAAAAAAAAAAAUUGUUUCUUAUAUAAUAAAUAUCAAUUUUCUUCAUUAUGACAGAAAAUCGUAAAGAAGUGAGAGUAUGGUGUGAUGGAUGUUAUGAUAUGGUACAUUUUGGCCAUGCGAAUUCUUUGCGUCAAGCGAAAGCAUUAGGUGAUUAUUUAGUUGUGGGUGUACAUACAGAUGAAGAAAUUACUAAACAUAAAGGACCACCAGUAUUUAUGGAACAAGAAAGAUAUAAAAUGGUACGUGGUAUUAAGUGGGUAGAUGAAGUAGUUGAAGGAGCACCUUAUGUUACAACUCUGGAAACAUUAGAUAAAUAUAAUUGUGAUUUUUGUGUUCAUGGUGAUGAUAUCACUAUGACAGCAGAUGGUGUAGAUACAUACCAUUUGGUUAAAGCAGCAGGUCGCUACAGAGAAGUUCAAAGAACAGCCGGUGUAUCAACAACUGAUUUAGUAGGACGUAUGCUUUUAAUGACACGACAACAUUUUAAACAAGGAGAUAGUGAAUAUAGUGUUGAUAGAGAACCCAGUAAAAGCAUGGGUCAAGACAGAACAGCUCGAAGUCCUUGGACAGGUUGUUCACAAUUUUUACCUACUACACAAAAAAUUAUUCAAUUUAGUGAUGGAAAAAGUCCACAACCUGGAAACAAAAUAGUUUAUGUAGCAGGAGCAUUUGAUCUUUUUCAUGUUGGUCAUUUAGAUUUCUUAGAAGUUGCAAAAAAAGAAGGUGAUUAUCUUAUAGUUGGACUUCAUACAGAUCCAGUAGUUAAUCGAUAUAAAUAUGGUAAUCAUCCAAUUAUGAAUCUUCAUGAAAGAGUACUUAGUGUGUUGGCAUGCAAGUAUGUUAAUGAAGUAGUAAUUGGAGCACCAUAUGAAGUUACUAAAGAUCUUAUGGAACAUUUUGAUGUAUCUAUUGUUUGUCAUGGUCAAACUCCUAUUAUGCCUUGUGAAGAUGGUUCAGAUCCAUAUAUUGAACCUAAAAGACAAAAUAAAUUUAAAUUGUUGGACAGUGGUAAUGAUAUGACAACAGAAAAAAUUGUUGAGCGUAUAAUUCUUCACAGGUCAAAUGAACUAUAUAUGAUAAUUAAGAACUUGAACAACCGUUGACCUGUUACCAUCUUGCAUUUUGUAAUUGUUCAUUUAAUUUCCUUAAUUACAGGUUGGAAUUUGAAGAUAGAAACUUAAAGAAAGAAAAAAAAGAAUUAGCAGCUUAUGAAGCCUUUAUAAAA